CACUCCCCUUUCCCCCUCGAAAAUACGCAGCAGCCCCACCCCGACUCGCAGAAGAAAGCCCGAAUAAGAAUCUGCGACGUGGCCGACUUCUUCUGCCCGGAGAGGACGUCACUUCCGCCAAGUCCCUGACCUGCUGGUAGGAUCGCGACGGGAACUGGAGCCCGAGGUCCCCGUGCGGUCCGGGCCUGGCGCCCUGAGGGGAAGAACGGCCCGGCCCAGGGUGCUGGGGUGGAGACUGCCCCUUCCCUAGCCAUGACGGACGGGAUCCUAGGGAAGGCAGCCACAAUGGAGAUCCCUAUCCAUGGGAAUGGUGAAGCUGGGCAGCUUCCUGAAGAUGACGGGCUGGAGCAGGACCUCCAACAGGUGAUGGUAUCAGGACCCAACCUCAAUGAAACCAGCAUUGUAUCUGGUGGCUAUGGGGGCUCCGGUGAUGGACUCAUCCCCACAGGAUCUGGCCGCCAUCCAUCUCACAGCACCACUCCUGCUGGCCCUGGAGAUGAGGUAGCCCGGGGCAUCGCUGGAGAGAAGUUUGACAUCGUCAAGAAAUGGGGCAUCAACACAUAUAAGUGCACAAAACAACUAUUAUCAGAGCGAUUUGGCCGAGGCUCUCGGACUGUGGACCUGGAGCUAGAGCUGCAGAUUGAGUUGCUCCGUGAGACGAAGCGCAAGUAUGAAAGUGUCCUGCAGCUGGGCCGGGCACUGACAGCCCAUCUCUACAGCCUGCUGCAGACCCAGCAUGCACUAGGUGACGCCUUUGCUGAUCUCAGCCAGAAGUCCCCAGAGCUUCAGGAAGAAUUUGGCUACAAUGCAGAGACGCAGAAGCUUCUGUGCAAGAACGGGGAGACGCUGCUAGGGGCUGUGAACUUCUUUGUUUCUAGCAUCAACACAUUGGUCACCAAGACCAUGGAAGACACACUCAUGACUGUCAAACAGUAUGAGGCUGCCAGGCUGGAAUAUGAUGCCUACCGAACAGACUUAGAGGAGCUGAGCCUAGGCCCCCGAGAUGCAGGGACACGUGGUCGACUUGAGAGCGCCCAGGCCACUUUCCAGGCCCAUCGGGACAAGUAUGAGAAGCUGCGGGGAGAUGUGGCCAUCAAGCUCAAGUUCCUGGAAGAAAACAAGGUCAACACCAAGAGAGCUGUGGAUCUUAAGAGCACAAGAUCCAGAGGGAGUUGGGCUUGCGGACCUUCAUCGUUCAUUGACUCUUAACAGCAAAUAUUUACUGAGUGCUUUUAUUUGCCAGGCACUGCGUUAGACCCUGGGGAAACAUCAGUGAAAAAAACAUAGUCCCUGCCCACAGUGUUUAAGGCCUAGUUGAGGAUAGAGACAAGUAACCAGGCAACUGCAAUACAGUGAUAACUACUAGGAUGCAGAAGCACAGUGUGCUAAGGGAGCACAGAGGAGGGGCACCUAGAUUAGCUGGGUAGAGAUGAGGGUGUCAACUUGGAAGUCGAGACUGGAAGAUUGGGUAGAUGACAGCCAGUCUGGACAAUAUGUGAAGACUGAGUAGGAAUUCAGUUUGGAAUUAAAAGUGAGGGGGGCAUAAUAAGAGGAAGACUGCAGGCUAGUUAAGCACUUUUGCCUUUGGGAGAAAGGGAGCUAGAAAAUCUUGUUAGCAGUGGUGUGACACCAUAGAAGAAAUCUAAGGUUGAGAAAAUAGUCCCAAGGCUUAAUAGUAUGGUACAGACCCCAGUUCCUUCAUCUUGGGGACUCUAUCGGCCUUUGCUCCUAACUUCCAACACAAACCCUGCCUGAAGCUCCUCAAACACAAGAGCAUCCAAGUGGUGGUUGCCAGAACUCGGGUGGAUGAGAUUGAGGCAGUGCCUCUGGUUCCUGCUUCAUUUGGGUGUCGAGCCCAAAUUCAAACCUCAUGAAAAAUCACCAGAGCACUUUGCUUUCAUCAGGGUCCAAGUGUCAUCACAUCCAUUGUACCUCGGCCAAAGAGACUGGACUUUUGCAGUAUUUCCAUCUCUGGAGGGCUGAGGAAAGUAGGCAGCCAGUCAGCAGAUUCUCAUAGCAUUGGGAUGCACCGAAGCCUGACUUUACUCCUGUCCUGGACACUGCAAUUCCAGGCAGGCUCCCAGGGCUUUGGUUAGCCUGCAGUCAUCUGACUGGAACUGGAUUUUAAAAAUUGGGGUCCUCAUAUAAGGCUAGUAGGGCUUUUUUUUUU